AUGGGAAAAAUGUCUGAGAAAUAUCCUCAUCUCAUUUUUGAACGCUUUACAACCCAGAUGGGUAAGAGAGUUAUGGACAUCUUAAAACACAUUUUCCCUGUUCCUAAACUCGAUUCAAAGCGCAUAGUUACUUUUUCUAAUGAAUCUGAUUUCAUUUCAUUCAGGAAUCAUGUGUAUGAUAAAGGAGAAGGAGGCCCGAAAUCGAUUGAGCUUAAAGAAAUUGGUCCUCGGUUUGAGUUGCGGCUCUACCAGGUGAAGUUAGGAACUUUGGAACAAGAUGAAGCAGAGGUCGAAUGGGUUCUGAGACCGUACAUGAACACUGCUAAAAAACGCCAGUUUUUCGGUGAAUGA